CAUUGUGUCAGCUUUAUAGGUGAAACCAUCAUCUCCUUCUCCUGAAUGAUCCCCCAAGGAUGGACAAGGACAGGAAUGAGAUGACUAAGAGAAUAUUACACUUCACCUUGGAGAUCCUCCACCUGCUGACCGGAGAGGAUUACACCAUAGUGAAGAAGACAUGGGGGGAGUGUGUGGCCCCCAGCAGCCAUCUCCAUGAGUCAGGAGGACGGAGCAGGGCCCGGGGCCCCAACACGGAGCCUCCACCUCACUCACUGAUACAUGAGGAGAAGAUCCUAGAACUCACCCACAGGAUCACUGAGCUGCUGACUCGAGAGGUUCCUAUAAGGUGUCAGGAUGUGGCGGUCUAUUUCUCCAUGGAGGAGUGGGAGUAUGUAGAAGGACACAAGGAUCUGUACCGGGACAGAGUCAUGAUGAAGAAUGACCCCCCAAGGGUAGACGAGGACAGAAACCAGAUGGCUGCAGAGAUAUUUGUCCUCACCCUAGGAAUAAUCGACUUGAUCUCUGGAGAGGAUUACACAAUAGGGAAAAAGUUGACUGGAGAGUGUACACCGAGCAACUGUCUCCAUGAGUCAGGACGGAGCAGGGCCCGGGGCCCCAUCAUGGAGCCUCCAUCUCACUCACUGAUGUAUGAGGAGAAGAUCCUAGAACUCAUCCACAGGAUCACUGAGCUGCUGACUGGAGAGGUUCCUAUAAGGUGUCAGGAUGUGGCGGUCUAUUUCUCCAUGGAGGAGUGGGAGUAUGUAGAAGGACACAAGGAUCUGUUCCAGGACAUAGUCAUGAUGGAGGAUCACUGGCCCCUCACAUCUCAGGACUGUCCAGAGGGAAAUGUCCCACAGGAUGAUCAGGUUGAAGAACUGUUGGAUAUUAAGGUUGAGGUUAAAGAUGAAGAAGAAGAGGAGACGGAUUUCUGGGCCGAUCACCCGUGUGCGAGGGAAGUGAAGGAGGAAAUUCCAGGAGGUGUUGUCCCAGAAAAUCGAGGUAAAGACUCUGAGGGAAACUUCACGUUAUUGCUAAAGUAUAAAGGAGAAGAUGAAGAUAUGAUGGAGCGCUCCUCAGGAGAAGACCUCCUUACCCCUAAUGUCCAUCCAGAUCUAUCCUAUAAUAAUCCACCUGAUCAUGAGGAACCUUCUCCUGACCAACCACACAUUGUUACCACAAGGACAGAUCAGAAAGGGAGGAAAAGAAUUCAAUGUAAAGAAUGCGGAAAAGAGUUUACAAAAAGAUCUGGUCUUUAUAGACACAAAAAAUGUCACACAGGAGAGAAGCCGUAUUCAUGUUCAGAAUGCGGUAAAUGUUUUACGCAAAAACCCCAUCUUGUUUCACAUGAGGUAGUUCACACAGGACAUAAGCCAUAUUCAUGCUCAGAAUGUGGGAAAUGUUUUAGAAAUAAAUCGUACCUUGUUAUUCAUAAGAGAAAUCACACAGGGGAGAAGGCACACUCGUGUUCAGAAUGUGGGAAAAGUUUUAUUACUAAAUUCUACCUAAAGAACCAUCUGAGAAGUCACACAGGGGAGAAGCCGUAUUCGUGUUCAGUUUGUGGUAAAUGUUUUGCACAAAAAACCCAUCUUGUCACACACGAGAGGAGUCACACAGGGGAGAAGCCGUAUUCCUGCUCAGAAUGUGGGAAAUGUUUUACACAGAAAACCCAUCUUUUUUCACAUGAGAGAAUUCACACAGGAGAGAAGCCAUAUUCAUGUUCAGAAUGUGGAAAAUGUUUUAUCAAUAAAUCGCAUCUUGAUAAGCACGAGAAACUUCACUUAGGGGAGAAACCAUAUUCAUGUUUAGAAUGUGGAAAAUGGUUUGCUAAGAAAUCAAAUCUUGCCACACAUGAGAGAGUUCAUACAGGGGAGAAACCAUUUUCAUGUGCAGAAUGUGGGAAAUGUUUUGCAAAGAAAUCAAAUCUUGCUACGCAUGAGAGAAUUCACACUGGGGAGAAACCAUAUUCAUGUGCAGAAUGUGGGAAAUGUUUUAAAAGGAAAUCAGAACUUGUUCUGCAUAAGAGAAAUCAUACAGGUGAGAAACCGUAUUCAUGUUUAAUAUGUGGGAAAUGGUUUUCAAAGAAAUCAAAUCUUUUAAAACAUGAGAGCAUUCACUCCGGGGAGAAACCAUAUUCAUGUGCAGAAUGUGGGAAAUGUUUUAUAAGAAAAGCAGAUCUUGUCCAACACGAGAGAAUCCACACAGGAGAGAAGCCGUUUUCAUGUUCAGAAUGUGGGAAAUGUUUUACAAGAAAAGCAGAUCUUGUUAUACAUAAGAGGGGUCACACAGGAGAAAAGCCAUAUUCAUGUCCAGAAUGUGGGAAAUGUUUUAUUACUAAAGGCACACUGAAAAAACACGAGAGAAUACAUACAGGAGAGAAGCCAUAUUCAUGUCCAGAAUGCGGAAAAUGUUUUAUUGCCAACAGCACGUUAAAAAAACAUCGAAAAACUCACACAGAAGAGAUGACGUUGAUAUUAUAAGUGUGGUAAAUGUUUACCAUGAAAAUAUUGCGGAAAUCAGGAAGAGACGAUGCACUUCAGGAGAGUACGAUGG